CCUUCUCCCUUCAGAACUUGUCCAUCCUUCCUUUUUUUUUUUCCUAUUAUUAUAUUUUCUUCUUUUUCAUUCCAGCUUCCAUAUAUCGGGGGUUCCUCUUUUUUAAUAUAUAUAUUUUUCUAUUUGAUUUUACACGUUCAUUAAUUCAUAUAUAUUUAUAUAUAUAUAUAGAGAGAGAGAGAGAGAGCGAAGAGAGAGAGAGAGAGAGAGUAAGAGAUUAUUGUUUUCGGAGGGACAAAGGAACAAAGGGAAAAUGUCAAAGAAGAAAGCUUUCAGUGGCAACACUAUGACAUUAAAAGAUUUUCAUGGCGGUUUAAUCCCAACCGAUCUCCCUCUCCCUUCUGCCCCUGGCGUGAUUAUUAGGCCUACCGAUCGUUCAGGUUAUGAUAGAGCAACGUCGUGGGGAAACCCGAAAGGCCGGCCUGAUCACCGUGCCCGGCCCAAUUCGUCUCCCGCAACUAGGCAUUUUGAUGAUAAAACUCCAUUUCUUACCAAUUCAGUGCAUAUUGGUCGUAAUUUUGAUGAGGAUGAAAGAAAGCCGUUAGACGGGGUUUCCGUCCCGCGUAGAACUAUUAGUGAUGAGAGUUUUCGGGUUCCAGCUAGUCGUGUGGAGCUGAAACCAGAGUCUGCUUAUGCAGGGAGGGUUUCGGGUCGACAUGGGUCAGCUCCGGUAUCUCCAUUGUCGGGUGGAGCUGGGAAUUCAUACUCUAGUAGAGUGUCUGAGGCUGCUUGUAUUGGUGUGAUUUCUCAUAGUUCAGGGGGGAAUCAUGGGCAGGCUACUUCUGGGUCGUACCCUAAUGCGUGGGCAGCUCGGAAGGAGGUUUCGGUGAGUGUUGCUGAGCCUGUACAAUCUGUAUGGUCUGAACAAAUUGCUGUCUCGAAGUUGGCUCAUGCUAGCGCACUUGAAAAGGUUUCAUCAGGUAGAUGGCAGUCAAAGCAGUCCCUUCAAUAUCAGAAAGAUAUUGAUAUUAGUAAACAUUCAGAAACAGAAAAUGGUUUGCACUCCCAGGGUUAUGAUGAAAAGACGUACAGCAGAAUGAAUGUUGUGGGUGUGAGGGAAUAUUCUGAUGUGAUAUUGGCAAGGCAUGUGGAAAAGGGUUUGAAUAUUGAAGAUGGAAUUCAGGGUGGUCGAAAGGAGUUUUACAACUAUGAGAGGAACCGUGGUCCUAAUUGUUUGGAAGCUAAAGAAAGGAAAUCAGUAAUAUAUGGUGAAGGAAUUCAUUCAACUCGUUCAGAUGGCAAAUUUGGUGGUUCUGAAUUGCAGUUGCCUCCAUCCGUGCUGUCAGAAGCAUCUGAGCGGCCCAAGUUUAAUUUACUUCCUCGGACUAAGCCAUUGGGUAGUCUAGAAUCACCCGAUAUUGAUUCUAAGCAGGGACACCAGCGGCUAAGUGAAUCUGAUCUUAGUCAUACUGAAAUUGGUAAUGAUUUACAUGAGCAUGUGAAUACUUCAAAACCUGGUUCAGCUGGCAGCGAGAGUGCGAACCAGACAGUGGAGCGUCCAAAACUGAAUCUAAAGCCACGUUCGCAGCCCAUUGAACAAUUGGAAGGAAACAUUGAGAAGGGGUCGCCAUGCAAAACUGAUCUAUCAUUACUUAACUUGAAUAAUAGAAAUGCGUUGUUUGGUGGUGCUCGCCCACGAGAACUGGUUCUGAAGGAGAGAGGGAUUGAUGAUAGCAACCAUGAGCCAGGCCAUCAUCCUGAUAGGGUCAAACAUAAUCUUUUAAGGAGUGAAAAAGUUGCUGAGCUAGCAGCUCCUCGCCAUGGUGAAAGAGUUGAGAAUCCUCCUGUUGAUCAGAGAGCUGGAAGAAAAUCUGAGAGGAAUAAUCGUGUUGACAGCGAAGGAGUUGAUAUGCAAAGGAGGAAUUGGCGUAAUGAAAAUUGGCGGAAUGGCAGGGAAACUGAAAGGCAGCAGCAGCAGCAGAGACAGCCUUCACCUGAGACCUGGCGUAAGCCUGCUGGGUUGCGGUAUGGAAAAGCAGCAUCAGCAGUGGAGCUUGCCCAAGCUUUUUCGAAAUCAUUCUCGGAUCAGAAAACAGAUGAUCGAGUUGCUGGGCAAAAGGGACUUACUGGUCGGACCCAAAUACCAUUUUCCCGGCUGAUGGGUCCAACUCCAAGGCCUCAGACAAAUGGCUACUAAAUUCUGAGAGGUUUGUUGCCUUCUUCACAGUGACCGGAUCGUGUUACUGGUAAUGGGCUUUUGGCAGUCAGUUGUUAUAAUUGUGCAGUAUGACUAAUGAGUCAAGAGUACCGUCGCAACUUAUGAGCUCAUGAGUCCAUGCAUCUGAACUUUUUUAUUUUCAUUUAAAAGAAUUUUUUCAGAACAAUUGGCAUACCGAAUCAAUUGCCAUGUUAUUCUUAGACACUUCGUUGCCAAACCAAGCUGAAAUAGCUUACUGUUUGCGUAAGCACUUCCGAAGAAUAUCGAUUAAUUGACUCGUGGAGAAGCAUUCUUUUAAAAGUUUCUAGUAUUCUAGUGGAAAAGUCGAGUUUAAUAUUAGGCCUCUAGCCUGCGUGUUCAUCUUUUGAUUUGGGCCCAUGCUUUGAGGCCUAAGUGCUACUCUUGGACCCACGUUUUGGGCUAAUUUGAGUUAAUUAUUUCUCUUGAGGGACACUGCAUCUUAUUUGGGCCUAUUCAGCUUACUCUUUACUCUUUUGAGCCCACGUUUUGGACUUUAGCCUUGGACUCUUUGUGAUCGGGCAAAAUUGAGCAUACUUAAAUCAAUUUUGGGCCAACUGGAGCCUACUGUUGUGACUUUCGGCCCAGCUUAAGUUUGGGCUUUUUUGUUUCCUUGUCCAUUUUUCUCCUUUUAACGGUUUCUCUUUUCCCUGUUUGUGUUUGUUUGAUCCAAUUAGGUUUGGAGAAAAGUUAAGAUGAGCUAAGCCUUAUAUCCAUUGAAAUAGGUGAGUCAUAUAUAUUAUCCAAUGUUCAUUUGGACUCUUAGCUGUUGGGCCCAUUUAGCCUAGUUGUUUCUCUUCUUGAGCUCCUGUUAUAUCAUUUUUGCUUUUCUUUUUAUUUAAAAAAAAAGGAAAGUAAUUUCUUUGAUUUUAUGCCUCAACAAACAAAAAUCUGAGACUUGGUCAGCUUCUCGAAUCUCUAUAUCCUUAUAAGUGGAAUCCAGAGUCAGCCUCCACUAAAAACCUCUUUACUCUCUCGGGCUCAAUGGAAACUGUCGCCACGAGUAACGGAAAAGGCUGAAGUCCAUCCUUUGUUUGGUCAAUAUGAAUUAUCGGAUGUAAAAGAGAAACAAAAAGUAUAUAUAUGGGCCUCGAAAAGCGUGCAUCA